AUGGCUCGAGUCCUCCUCACUGGUGGCAAUGGAUUUCUUGCAAGCCAUAUUCUUGAUCUCCUCUUGGCGCGAGGACAAUCAGUGGUGACUACUGUCCGCAGUCAUGAGAAGGCGGAGCAGAUCCGCGAACGCCAUCCAUAUGCAUCUACCACUCAGCUAGGAGUUAUCAUCGUCCCUGACUUUACAAGCGCCGGUGCUUUUGAUGAAUGCUUCAAUCCAGACGCGCCAUUUGAUGUGGUCAUGCAUACUGCGUCGCCUUUUCGCUAUUCUAUAACUGAUAUUCAGCGAGAGCUCUUGGAUCCUGCAAUCAUUGGGACUAUUGCGUUGCUGGAAGCAGUUCGGAAGAAUGCACCAUCGACCAAGAAAGUGGUACGCUUCCCUGCAUCGAUCGUAACAUCUUCUUUCGCAUCGAUCAUCAACAGUUAUAAGGGGAACAGCUGGGUCGACCAUAUUUAUUCUGAGGAAGAUUGGAACCCUAUUAUCCUUUCGGAUGCUCAUUUAAAUCCUCUCAACGGAUAUAGAGCAAGUAAGACUUUUGCCGAGCGAGCAUGUUGGGAGUUUGUUGAGAAAGAGAACCCACCUUUCUCUCUGGUCACGCUAUGUCCAACAUUGAUGUUUGGCCCCGUGAUACACCCACUGCGCAAUCUCGACAAACUCAACACAUCAAACCAGCGGAUCCGAAAUUUUAUGGUAGGGGAAUAUAAAGUUGAAAUCCCAGACACAGGGACAUCGUUCUUCCUCUGGGUAGAUGUUCGUGAUGCCGCUUUGGCGCAUAUAAGAGCGAUGGAAGUUUUAGGUACCGUGAACCAGAGAUUCUUAUUGACUGCUGGUUACUUCUCCAACAAAGAAAUCUGUGAAGUGAUCCGAGGAUCCUUUCCCGACUACAGACCGCAACUCCCAGACCAAAACACGGGCGGUGGUGGGUAUCCCAACGAAGGACUUUACGGGUUUGACAACUCCCAAGCGACGAAGAAGCUUGGCUUGACGUAUCGAACCUUGUCUGCCAGCAUUACUGACACUGUGAUGUCGUUACAAAAAUUGCAAAACUGGGAGAAAAUUACUGCAUAG